AUGGCUGGAUGGGGAAUCCAAAUAUCAAUGUGCAAGGUGAUGGGUGCAAACGGGACGUUAUCUGUAAUCCAACAGGAUGAGAAAGUGGCACGCCACGCUGUAGGGAUGGGAUCGAUAGCGGAUAAAUAUUUGUGUGGCGGAGUGAGACGACACCCGGGAGCCUACAAAAAAUCAGAGCCGCAAGCCAUGAAAAACAGUGUCGAAGAACGAGACCUCCGAGGUCAUGCCUCCACAUUCAAUUGCACUGAGGUUCCCGACCGCGGCUGUAAGAAUCAGGAAGAAAUAACGAGAUGGCAGCACGCAGAAGUCAAACGCUCAAAGAGCCUCGAGCCUGGCAGGCAUUGGCCAGUAGGAUGGAAUGAAUGCAUUCAAGCAGCGGCUCAGCUGCGAACGUACAAAGCAACCAACGUCGCGUCGGGGGUGCACUGUAUACAAAUACGAGAAUGCUUGAAUGCUGUGGGCCAGAGAAGGAUGCGACAGUGUGGUGAUGAUAUAAUGUGUAUACACUCGCGAAACUCUAGAUGGUUGGGGGUCCAGUUCUUCGGUGGUGUAGCUCGGAUCGGCAAGACUCUGUUAUCCAGGCAUCGAUCUAGCGAUAUAGUAUACAUACCUCCUACCGAGCAAGAGUUCACAAUCACCACUAUCGCUGGAUCACCGGUCGAACCGGUGGCACCGCAGAUGAGCGGACUCUUGACAGUGGCUGGAUCGUGCCUAGUGCUCCCCUAUGCCACUACUUUGGGUUUGACAGCUGUGGUCAUUGAUGAUAUGUGGUCACAGUCGUUCACUGCUUGUCAUCUAGAGCGCCCGGCAGAUCGGAGUGUGCGUUGCAAGCCCAUACAGGCUGGAACAGGCUGGAUGAUUGCCUCUGGUACGGGAAGCAAAACCGUAUAUGAGUUUCGUACAGCGGUUCCGCUCCAGAAAGCGUGGCAGAGCCCACGUCAAGCGGAAGUGUGUGCCUUGCGCAGAGGGAUAGGAGGGGACACGCAGGCCAGCCUCUUCCGGCUUGGGCGGCGCGUUAAACGGGGAAUGAGCGGGCCUUCGCAACGCGGCGAGAAUAUGGGCUCACAGGCGGGACAGGAGGGACAGAAGAGUGAAAGAAGUGGUCUGGCCCUGUCCUGA